AUGGUGUUUUCUAUGAGAGGAGGCCGAGAAAUACGGCGACUGCUGCUCUUGCUGCUGCUGCUCGCAGCCUGGGAGGAAGGCAGCGGGCAGCUCCACUACUCCGUCCCCGAGGAGGCCAAGCACGGCACCUUCGUGGGCCGCAUCGCGCAGGACCUGGGACUGGAGCUGGCGGAGCUGGUGCCGCGCCUGUUCCGCGUCGCGUCCAAGGGCCGCGGGGACCUUCUGGAGGUGAAUCUGCAGAAUGGCAUUUUGUUUGUGAAUUCUCGGAUCGACCGCGAAGAGCUGUGCGGGCGGAGCGCGGCGUGCGGCAUCCACCUGGAGGUGAUCGUGGAGCAGCCGCUGCAGGUUUUCCACGUGGAGGUGGAGGUGAAGGACAUUAACGACCACCCGCCCGUGUUCCCAGAAACACAAAAGAAUCUGUUUAUCGCGGAAUCCAGGCUGCUUGACUCUCGGUUUCCACUAGAGGGUGCCUCAGAUGCAGACAUUGGGGUCAACGCGGUGCUGACUUACAGGCUUGGCCACAAUGAAUAUUUUGCUCUAGAAAAACCAACCGAUGACAUGCGGGGAAACCGUCUUAGACUUGUGUUAAGAAAACAUCUAGACAGGGAAGACGUUCCAGAGAUCGUUUUAGUGCUCACGGCCACUGAUGGGGGUAAGCCUGAGCUGACUGGAACCGUUCAGAUCCUCAUCACAGUGCUUGAUGCCAAUGACAACGCCCCCGCUUUCGACAGAACACUCUACACGGUGAAAUUACCAGAAAAUACAACCAAUGGAACGUUGGUAAUUAAACUAAACGCUUCUGACCUGGAUGAAGGCUUCAAUGGGGACAUUUUUUAUUCAUUCUCAACUGAUAUUGCCCCCAUAGUGAAAUCCAAGUUCCAUAUAGAUCCAAUUAAUGGAGAAAUUAUAGUAAAGGGGCAUAUAGAUUUUGAAGAAAGCAAAACCUAUGAAAUUCUUGUAGAGGGCAUUGAUAAAGGACAACUCCCACUUUCAGGACAUUGUACAGUGAUAGUAGAAGUUGAAGACACAAACGAUAAUGUUCCCGAUUUAGAAUUCAAAUCUUUUUCACUCCCAAUCAGAGAAGAUGCUCCAGUGGGCACCAUCAUCGCCCUGCUCAGCGUGUCCGACCGCGACUCUGGGGCCAACGGACAGGUGACCUGCUCCCUGACGCCCACUGCGCCCUUCAAGCUGGUGUCCACCUUCAAGAACUAUUACUCCCUGGUGCUGGACAGCGCUUUGGACCGCGAGAGCGUGGCGGCCUAUGAGCUGGAGGUGAUGGCGCGCGACGGGGGCUCGCCCCCGCUGUCGGCCACAGCGCGCGUGUCCGUGGAGGUGGCGGACGUGAACGACAACGCGCCCGCGUUCACGCAGGCCGAGUACACGGUGUUCGUGAAGGAGAACAACGCUCCGGGCAGCCACAUCUUCACGGUGUCGGCGCGCGACGCGGACGCACAGGAGAACGCGCGGGUGUCCUACUCGCUGGUGGAGCGGCGCGUGGGCGAGCGCGCGCUGUCGAGCUACGUGUCUGUGCACGCGGAGAGCGGCAAGGUGUACGCGCUGCAGCCGCUGGACCAUGAGGAGCUGGAGCUGCUGUGCUUCCAGGUGAGCGCGCGCGACGCGGGCGUGCCCGCGCUGGGCGGCAACGCAACACUGCAGGUGUUCGUGCUGGACGAGAACGACAACGCGCCCGCGCUGCUGCCGCGGGCCACGGGCGCCGGCCACGUGGUGGCCAAGGUGCGCGCCAUGGACGCCGACUCGGGCUACAACGCAUGGCUGUCAUACGAGCUGCAGCCGGCGGCGGGCGGCGCGCGCAGCCCGUUCCGCGUGGGCCUGUACACGGGCGAGGUGAGCACGACGCGCGCCCUGGACGAGGCGGACGCGCCGCGCCAGCGCCUGCUGGUGCUGGUCCGGGACCACGACCACGGCGAGCCUCCGCUGGCGGCCACGGCCACCGUGCUGGUGUCGCUGGUGGAGAACGGCCAGGCGCUGAAGACGUCUUCGCGCGCGGCGGCGGCGGCGGCGGCGGGCGCGGCGGGCGGCGCGGCGGCGCUGGUGGACGUGAACGUGUACCUGAUCAUCGCCAUCUGCGCAGUGUCCAGCCUGCUGGUGCUCACGCUGCUGCUGUACACGGCGCUGCGCUGCUCGACGCCGGCCGCAGGGGGCGCGUGCGGGCCGGGGAAGCCGGCGCUGGUGUGCUCGAGCGGGGUGGGCAGCUGGUCGUCGUCGCAGCAGAGGCGGCCGCGGGUGUGCUCUGGGGAGGGGCCGCCCAAGACCGACCUCAUGGCCUUCAGCCCCAGCCUACCACAGGCUCCCAGCUCUGCAGACAUAGUAAGUCUCAAAAACGCGGGCAGCGGGCAGCUCCACUACUCGGUCCCCGAGGAGGCCAAGCACGGCACCUUCGUGGGCCGCAUCGCGCAGGACCUGGGGCUGGAGCUGGCGGAGCUGGUGCCGCGCCUGUUUCGCGUGGCGUCCAAGGGCCGCGGGGACCUUCUGGAGACAAGUCCGGAUUAUUGGCAGAAAGCAGAAAGAAUUGAAAUGGUGUGUCUGGAUGUAGGCGACCCAGGAGCCAGGCUUCUAUUGUUGUUUUAUAUGAUCAUCGCAGCUUGGGAGGCGGGCAGCGGGCAGCUCCACUACUCCGUCCCCGAGGAGGCCAAGCACGGCACCUUCGUGGGCCGCAUCGCGCAGGACCUGGGACUGGAGCUGGCGGAGCUGCUUGGCAAUUUCAUCUUCUCUUCAGUUAUAUUUGUGUAA